AUGGACGCAUCAUGGAUUCAAGAAUGCGCUGUGUUUGGUGUAGGUUUUGUCUUAAUGCGAGGCAACAGGAGGAUACUCAUGGGGACGAAGAACGGCAGGACGGUGCCAUCGGCCUUAUAUGCAGAAGCGGAGUGCUUGGAGUGGGCGAUGAAGACGAUGAUCAGAGAAGGAUAUACUUCGGUCCACUUUGAAACCUACUGUGUGCAACUAGUAAAGCUGGUACAGAAGGUGGAAGACUGGCCAGCAAUGGCUGAGAUUAUAGAAGAAAUCACGAUCACCUCUAGAAGCUUUGUAUCUUUCUCUAUCACGCAUCUACCUCGGGGUAUGAAUAAACGAGCUGACUGUUUUGCGAAAGCAGCCAGGGCUCGGUCUGAUACUUUUUCUCUCGUUUUUGUCGAGACUCCUGUGUGGCUUGCUUCAGUAGCUAGCCUUUUGGAGAGCUAG